GCCUUUUCGAUCUUCUAGUUUCUGUCCUUCCUGAUCUCUCUGGCAGUUGAUGAAGAAAUGAGAGAUAGAUUAAUGGAAAGGCUUGUUAUUCUUCCUUUCUCUGUUGGUUGUAUCUCCGAAGCUAGCGUUGCCGUAUCUGUUCACCAUCCCAGAAGGUCGAAACCAGACGCAAAAUCAUCUGCAAUAAGAUGUAAAGAAGAAGAUGAUUUAGAAAGCUUGUCAGGUGAAAGCAUGAUGAAGAACUCGUUCAGGUUGAUGGUGGUUCCAAAGCCAAAUAUAACGACUGGUUUUCAUAGACUCGUCAAGGGCUUCAAGAACUUCUCCCAAUUAUUUGUGGACAAGGAAGAUAUGGAAGAAGUGGACGAGAUGGAAAUAGGAUGCCCAACAGAUGUGAAGCACGUGACACACAUAGGAUGGGAUGGUGGUGCAAGUGCAACAGCCAGCCCCGUGAUGGGGUGGGAUAAUCUCGUUACUCCUCAGUUGCUGUCUCUCCCUUCACCUUCACCUUCAUUGGAGCACUUUCAUCUUUCCAGGGCUGAUCAUGAAACUGAUCAUCUUCUUAUAAAUACUUCCCCUUAACUACUUUAAUUUGUCUGUGAUGAAUUGGCAAUUAAUAUUGUUAAUAUUGAUCAUAUAUUGGUGAUUUUGAUAGAAAUUAAUAAUAGGUAUAUUGUAUAUGUAUUUAAAACUGUCUAGCUAUAAACCUCUUUUUCCAUGUACUUUUAAAGCCUCCAGGGUGGUUGCUUCCA